GUGUGCAAAAAUAAAUGACACUUUGAUGUCUUCUGCGCAGCUUUUGCAUCAGCGUGGUUGAAUACUUUUAGCUGAUUUUAAGUUGCUAAUUAGCUGUAUUGUAACCCUGGAAUGAAAACAAAUAAUUUUCUGGUUAACAUAUGGCCUAAACUUGACUAGAAACUGUCAGAGUGGUUUAUGAGGUCUAUUUCAGGAAACAGAUUUUUGGGGUGGGGGCUAGUGGGAAGGGGUAGUUCUAUCUCCUGGGGAAUGUCAUGGCAUGUGAAUGUUUCUGGUUGUAUGUUUCUGUAAAACCCAUUGAAGAAAUGAAAACUGUUUAAUGUUAGCCUUAAUUUUUGUCAAACUUCUAUGAAUGCUUUUGUUUUCUUAUGGAAAAUUUUAUUGUUUAGUUUCAAGCAUGUGGCAUUUAGAAUUUUUGCUUUAUGUAGUUAAGUGUGGGGCAAAAAUCUUACCGAUUGUUGCAAACUGGAAAAAAGCUCCACUACUUUGAGGAAAGGAAAAACAUGCAAUGUAUCUUUAUCUUUCUCUAAAUUCUUAAAAUGUCUGUGUUGCCAUCAAGUGUGACUGAGUUCUUGAUUGCUUUAUCAUUGCCUAAAGACACAGACAAGUCUCCCUGCUCCCUUAGGAUUACUAAAUAAAAACAAAUAUGGAAAUAGAUCCCAAGGGAAGACUUCCAUUAAUAAUUUAAUCAGUGCAAGCGACAUUAAGGAACUAUGGAUGUAGAAAAUGAGCAAAUACUGAAUGUAAACCCUGCAGAUCCUGAUAAUUUAAGCGACUCUCUCUUUUCCGGUGAUGAAGAAAAUGCUGGGACUGAAGAAAUAAAAAAUGAGAUAAAUGGAAAUUGGAUUUCCGCAUCCUCCAUUAAUGAAGCUAGAAUUAAUGCCAAGGCAAAAAGGCGCCUGAGGAAAAACUCAUCCCGGGACUCUGGCAGAGGCGAUUCAGUCAGUGAUAAUGGAAGUGAAGCCCUUAGAAGUGGAGUAACUGUACCAACCAGUCCAAAGGGAAGGUUGCUAGAUAGGCGAUCCAGAUCUGGCAAAGGAAGGGGACUACCAAAGAAAGGUGGUGCAGGAGGCAAAGGUGUCUGGGGUACACCUGGACAGGUAUAUGAUGUGGAGGAGGUAGAUGUGAAAGAUCCUAACUAUGAUGAUGACCAGGAGAACUGUGUUUAUGAAACUGUAGUUUUGCCUUUGGAUGAAACAGCAUUUGAGAAGACUUUAACACCAAUCAUACAAGAAUAUUUUGAGCAUGGAGAUACUAAUGAAGUUGCGGAAAUGCUGAGAGAUUUAAAUCUUGGUGAAAUGAAAAGUGGAGUACCAGUGUUGGCAGUGUCCUUGGCAUUGGAGGGAAAGGCUAGUCAUAGAGAAAUGACAUCUAAGCUUCUUUCUGACCUUUGUGGGACAGUAAUGAGCACAAAUGAUGUAGAAAAAUCAUUUGACAAAUUAUUGAAGGAUCUACCUGAAUUGGCAUUGGAUACUCCUAGAGCACCACAGUUGGUGGGCCAGUUUAUUGCUAGAGCUGUUGGAGAUGGAAUUUUAUGUAAUACCUAUAUUGAUAGUUACAAAGGAACUGUAGAUUGUGUACAGGCUAGAGCUGCUCUGGACAAGGCUACUGUACUCCUGAGUAUGUCUAAAGGUGGAAAGCGCAAAGACAGUGUGUGGGGUUCUGGAGGUGGGCAGCAGUCUGUUAAUCAUCUUGUUAAAGAGAUUGAUAUGCUGCUGAAAGAGUAUUUACUCUCUGGAGACAUAUCUGAAGCUGAACAUUGCCUUAAGGAACUGGAAGUACCUCAUUUUCACCAUGAGCUUGUAUAUGAAGCCAUUGUAAUGGUUUUAGAGUCAACUGGAGAAAGUACAUUUAAGAUGAUUUUGGAUUUAUUAAAAUCUCUUUGGAAAUCUUCUACCAUUACUCUCGACCAAAUGAAAAGAGGUUAUGAGAGGAUUUACAAUGAAAUCCCAGACAUUAAUCUGGAUGUUCCACAUUCAUACUCUGUGCUUGAGCGAUUUGUAGAAGAAUGUUUUCAGGCUGGAAUAAUUUCCAAACAACUCAGAGAUCUUUGUCCUUCAAGGGGCAGAAAACGUUUUGUAAGUGAAGGAGACGGAGGUCGUCUUAAACCAGAGAGCUACUGAAUAUAAGAACUCUUACAGUCUAAGAUGUUAUUAAAAAAUAUAUAAAUAUAUCUGAAUUGUAAGAGUUGUUAGCACAGGUUUUUUGUUGGUUUUUUUUUUUUUUUUUGAAGCACUUGUUUUGGGUACAAGGCAUUUCUGAAAUUUUAUAAACUUAAAAUUUAAAGGGAAUUUUUAAAGGAAGUGUUUUCCUUUUUAUCUUUUCUUCUUCUUCUUCUUCUUUUUUUUUUUUUUGGAGGGUGUAAAGGAGGGACAGAAGAGUAACCACUUCUUAAGUGGAAUAUUCUCAUAAGCUACCUUUUGUAAGUGCCAUGUUUAUGACCUAAUCAUUCCAAGUUUUGCAUUGAUGUCUGACUGCCACUCCUUUCUUUCAAGGACAGUGUUUUUGUAGUAAAAUCACUGGUUUAUACAAAGCUUUAUUUAGGGGGUGAAGUUAAGCUGCUAAAACCCCAUGUUGGCUGCUGCUGUUGGAAUACUGUGCUUUGGGAGUUAAAAAAAAAAAAAGUUAUUUCUUUGUCUUAAAGAAUUUUAAGAAAAUGAGUUAGUCAUAAGACUUAUUCAUUUUUCCAGGGAACAUAUUGAUUGGUCUUAAAGACUAGACAGUUAAAUAAAUGGUGGCUGGAACAUCUAUUUUUCUACAAAACUGGAAAAAUGAACCCGGUUCUAAAAGAAUGUAUGACAAAAUAAAACAUGUGAAGCAGUGUU